AAGUACCUGUUGAUGGUCCCAACUGAGGCACCUGCAACCCUGUCUUCUUAGAAAUCGACUUCCCUGUUGUCCCCCUCCCAGGCAGAGCAUCAGGUCCCGCGAGGGGCGUGCAGCACCUGGGGUCUGUGUGACCCCGAGUCCCGGUCUUUCCUCUGGGCGCUGGGCCGGGCGUGCCGGGAGGCUGGGGGCCAGGAGGUACCGCGCCCGUAGGUAGGUGGUGCUGUUGCAGCGACGUCGUCCUCAUUGGCGCCGCGCGGAGAGGCGGAAUGUUCAACUCCUGACUCCGGCGGAAGCGUGGGAGCAGCGCGGGCCGCCGUCCCCGACCCCCGCCGCCGCUCGCACCCGGCCCGGGAGCCAGAUUGUGUGGACGUUGACUACUCUGUCAUUAUGAGAUGUCGUCUCUCGGCGCCUCCUUUGUGCAAAUUAAAUUUGACGACUUGCAGUUUUUCGAAAACUGCGGUGGAGGAAGUUUUGGGAGUGUUUAUCGAGCCAAAUGGAUAUCACAGGACAAGGAGGUGGCUGUAAAGAAGUUACUCAAAAUAGAGAAAGAGGCCGAGAUCCUGAGCGUCCUCAGCCACAGGAACAUCAUCCAGUUUUAUGGAGUCAUUCUGGAACCUCCCAACUACGGUAUCGUCACAGAAUAUGCUUCUCUGGGAUCCCUGUAUGAUUACAUCAACAGCAACAGGAGCGAGGAGAUGGACAUGGACCACAUCAUGACCUGGGCCACCGACGUAGCCAAAGGGAUGCACUACUUACACAUGGAGGCUCCAGUCAAGGUGAUCCACAGAGAUCUCAAGUCAAGAAACGUUGUUAUUGCUGCUGAUGGAGUCCUCAAGAUCUGUGACUUCGGUGCCUCUCGAUUCCAUAACCACACCACACACAUGUCCUUGGUUGGAACUUUCCCGUGGAUGGCUCCAGAAGUUAUCCAGAGUCUCCCUGUGUCUGAAACCUGUGACACGUAUUCCUAUGGUGUGGUUCUCUGGGAGAUGCUAACAAGGGAGGUCCCCUUUAAAGGUUUGGAAGGAUUGCAAGUAGCUUGGCUUGUAGUGGAAAAAAACGAGAGAUUGACCAUUCCAAGCAGCUGCCCCAGGAGCUUCGCUGAGCUGUUGCAUCAGUGUUGGGAAGCCGAUGCAAAGAAACGGCCAUCGUUCAAGCAAAUCAUUUCGAUCCUGGAGUCUAUGUCCAACGAUACGAACCUUCCCGACCAGUGUAACUCGUUCCUGCACAACAAGGCCGAAUGGAGGUGCGAGAUUGAGGCCACCCUGGAGAGGCUGAAGAAACUCGAGCGAGACCUCAGCUUUAAAGAGCAGGAGCUCAAAGAACGAGAGAGACGCUUGAAGAUGUGGGAACAGAAACUGACCGAGCAGUCCAACACCCCGCUUCUCUUGCCUCUUGCUGCAAGAAUGUCUGAGGAGUCUUACUUUGAAUCUAAGACAGAGGAGUCAAACAGUGCAGAGGUGUCAUGCCAGAUCACAGCAACAAGUAACGGGGAGGGCCAUGGCAUGAAGCCAAGUCUGCAGGCCAUGAUGCUCAUGGGCUUUGGGGAUGUCUUCUCAAUGAACAAAGCAGGAGCUGUGCUGCAUUCUGGGAUGCAGAUAAACAUGCAAGCCAAGCAGAAUUCAUCCAAAACCACAUCUAAGAGGCGGGGGAAGAAAGUCAACAUGGCCUUGGGGUUCAGUGAUUUUGACUUGUCAGAAGGUGAUGACGAUGAUGAUGAUGAUGAUGGUGGUGGUGGUGGUGGUGGUGGUGGUGAGGAAGAGAAUGACAUGGAAAAUAAUAGUGAAUGACAGCAGAAAGCAAUAAAAUCGAAAAUGGUUUUUUUUUUUUUUUAACAAACAGAAGAAAUGUAUUAUCUCAGUCUGUGCAAAAAGCGGCAUAGGGAGGCAAGCACCAAGCACUGCUUAGGCCAAGCUCACGGAGGGCAGUUUCCUCAUCGGGGUGACUUUGCUUUUGCAUCCAGAAAAAUGAGGCAGGGAAAUUAAGCUAAAGGCAUAUUUAUCGGCGAGUGUGGUGCCUGGUUAUAGAAAUAUGUGGUUAUAUACAUAUCACCUUCUUAAACUAAUGAUCUUGGGGCCUUUCCUCUUUAAAGUGCAUACUUUGUAGUUUGUAUUUGACAAAAUCAUAUUCCCUUCACUCGGUGGGUUGGAAAAAUGUCCAUUUUGAACAAGUUCUACUCCUGACUCCACUCCGACGCUUGUUUCUUCCCCAGCACACUGAGGUUUCCUCCUUGUACGAUACACUGUAAUGGCGGAAGUGAUUGAUGACUAUAAAACCCAGUCACACAAAAAAGGCUCAGAUGAAAGAUUAUUUUUAAAAAAUGCUUCUUCAGAAAUACCUAAAUGCCAAGAAUUUUCAAACCAAAUAGCACACAGCUCCUCAGAGUAAAACCCAAAUGGUGUUCUCUAGUGACAUUUGAAGGAGAAAUACUCUGAUUUGAAGCAAGCAGCAGACAGCGCAAGCUUGCAUCCCCCAUGCCAGCUGGAAACAUCCUAAUAUGAACACACUGUCACCCUAGGCUUAGCUUGUCCUUUGCACAGAAGCAUAUGGUCCCAAAGGGACCUGUCUAGGCAUGAACAGGCUGAGCACACACUUGCUCUGAACAUCCAACAAAGGCACUCUGUUUUUUUGUUUUCCAGAGGUACAUAAUAAUAAUCCUAGAUUUUAAUCUAUGUGUAGGAAAAAUGAACACUAUAAAUAGGAAAGACAAAUUAUCCUUCCUAGACACAAGUGCAUUCUGACACAGCAUCACCCCCACCUCUUUCUUUACUUUUCCCUGUGCUCUGUGAUGUUGGUUUGAGAAAUAAAUUCAGGUGCUACUUACCAUGAAGGCCAGGCUACCUAGAGAUACUCUCAGUAGAUGAGCUUAUCUCUCAAAAUCUAUUUAAGCUAUAAACGCCUAUAAAAAUUACAGCCACAUCAAAGGCAAAACAAAACUAAACUCUUUAUCAGCCUAACUCAGAAACAGUGUCAUUCGCUAGACAAUGAGAAUGAAGCAGUUGCGGUGGAGCCUUCUGUGUAGAAGCACUAACAUUAGGUGGGUGUGUCCACAAGCCUGGCACUUGGAAGCUGAGGCCGAGGGACAGUGAGUUUAGUAACAGCCUGCUUGAGCUGCACAGCAAGACUCUGUCCCAAGAACGGAUUAGAAGCCAUCUACUAAUGUUUAUGAGAUGUUCACCUACUAAGUCUUUGGGAAUCUGAGAUGUGAUGUGCUUCUAAUCCUCCAUGAGAAUGGAAAAGUACCACCCAAAAUGAGGUGCAUACACUACAGCUUCAUCGGGGGAGAAGUAACUAGUGCAGCGUUCUGGGUGUCUGUCUGCUGGGCAGUCAUGGUCAUGACAGGAAGGCUAACCUACUUCAAAGAAAGAGGAUCAGAAGAAGGUGUGUAACCCUGUAGCCCAGCGCCAGGCCACGGCAGGUGCCAUAUCGCACUGGCGACAGUUACCUGCCAAGUGAAGGGGAGACUGAGAACGGUGGGUUCAGUAACCUUCUGGAUUACCAAAUCGUCGACUGCAAGUGAGGCUUGCUCAGAAGUAUGAAGCUAAAAGUAGAUAGCUUUUAGGAAAAAUAGAGAGAGCAGUUGUUAGGAUGUAAAAUGUGCAAACAGAUUUAAUUCGGUUGCUCUGGGAACCUGUGUGCAGUGGCCACGUCCACCUGUACUGGGUGUUUACGGACAGGGACAGGGACAGGUUCAGUCUGCCUGAGAUGGCUCCCCCUCCUGCCCGUCCUGCUGUAAUCCUCUGCACGUAUGUAUUCUAGACUGGUAGCCGGGCCACUCAAACAGAACAACUUAGGGGGAGCAGAAGGGAUGCCUAGCAAUUCCUGCUUCCCCAGCUUGCUUGAAGUACUUGAAGUACUUGAAGGAGACAGUGGCAGCAGAUGCAGGGUCUUAAAGCCUCUUGCACAUCUGCCCAGGAAAAAAUAGAGGCUUUUGAUCAACAAGUCUACCGAGUUCUCGAGAAUAGCUAGAUGACAGCGUUUGCACUCACGGCGUGUGUGUGCCAGUGAGCAGGAGUGAGCUGUCAGGAAAGUGUGCGUCACAUAAUGCUGUGGUUUUUAAUGCAUGCUGGAGACUGAAGCAUUGAAGGAAGAGGAGGCUGGUGGGAGAGGCCUUCAAAGCGUAGUCAGAAAAGGCCUGGCUGAUGGGUACCAUUUGCAGAGCCGAAGGUGAAGGGAUCUCUGUGAGGAAUGAGUUCUGCCCAGAUGGAAGAACGUACAUACACCUCACCACCUGCUAAUCAAGAGUUGGUUUAGAACAUAUAAAUGGCAUGGAAAUAAUGUUGUUUUCUAAAUUAAUACAUAAAUUCAUAUUCUAUAUAAAAAUUUUAGCAUGAAAAGUAGGCCAGAUAGUGUCUCUAAGGGGAAGUUACUGGGUUCUAGCCGCAGACUUAGGUUUACCAUUACCAGGCAUACGUCUGCUGCUCUUUCUCCACCAAUGUUGCAGCCAUGCUCAUAGCUCAGUACUCAGUCAUGGAGGACUUGGGGUGGGGCAGAACCAGCCUUGGUGAAGAGCUUCCAAUGCUUCUGUCUGGAG